AUGGCUGCAGCAGAAUCAGGGUGGGCAGGUUCGGCAGCUGCUGCAGCUGGUUCGGGUGAAGUAGGUCUGGCAAGAGUCACAGGGGGUGCGGCUCGUCAGGAAGCGGAGAAGAUUCAAACGGACGGUUCAGAUCUACGAGAUCAUGGCAGGCUUGAGCAAAGUGUAUUGUCAGGAGGCUCAUUCCAGCCGUCCGAUCUGCAACCAGCGUGUGUGGCGCCACACAGAGAGGGGAAUGACGGAUUGACACUUACGCCACACAGGCAGUUCUCGCCUUCCGCCUCUCCUGCCUCCGUCCCGCUGCCCUCUCACGAGACGGGCUCCCCUUCCCCGGCCUCCCUCCCCUCCCCUUCCGCCACGCCCUCCGCCACCCCUUCCGCCACUCUUUCCGCCAUCACUUUCAUUACCCCGUCCUCCCCCCCUUCCGCGGCCCACUCGCAGCACAGCCGUGUAAAGCGCAGCGCCAGUGACAACAACUGUCUCAGCCAGUCCACGCCCUCCUCUGCCAAGCCUGCCGUCCCGCCUCCCAGCCGAACCUCCUCUGCAGGCUCGGAGCUAGGCAAGGGCGCGGCAGCGGCGGCUGCAGCUGCAGUGGCGGAGUUUUCCGCGCGCAGGCAGCACAUGGGCGCGGAAGCUACAGGGGGGGAGCGGGGAAAAGGGGGAAACUCGGCUAUAGGAGCAGCAGCAGGUGCAGCAGUGGUAUCAGGAGGAAGAGAGAGAAGGGAGGGUUCAAGCAGUGCCGCGGAUGUUAGCAGAGACGGGAGCAAGAUUAAUUCAAUUCAAAGAAAUUGUGAUCCCUCCUCCCUCUCGUCUUGGGCCUCCCCUGCCCCAGCGUCCCCCUGGGUCCCUUCCCCCUCCCCCUCCGCCUCCCCUUCCCUCCGCACUCCCCACACACCCUGGAGCACCGCUUCCCCUGCCCCCUCCCCCUCCCCUGCGCGCCAAUUCCCCCCCACCCCCUCCCCCUCCCCUGCGCGCCAAUUCCCCCCCACCCCCUCCCCCUGGUCCCCCUUCCCCCCCGCGUCCGGCAAGGGCAGGGGGAAGGGGGGGGCAGUGUCGGGGGGGGUGUGGUGGGGGAGGGCGGUGGUGGGGGCGCUACAGCAGCGGUCAGCGGGGGAGAUGAGGCGGCUGGCGCUGCUGAUUGCGCUCAACUCUGCGUAUUCCACUGCAGAGCUCAUUGUGGGGCUGCUCAUAGGGCGAAUAGAGCUCGUGUCCGACUCCUUUCAUCUCUCCUUCGGCUGCUGCAUCCUGCUGCUCUCCCUUGCCGCCAUGCUCGUGGGGAAACAUCCCGCAGAUGCCACCUUCACUUACGGGUGCAUCCUGCUGGUCUCCCUCGCCGCCAUGCUCGUGGGGAAACGCCCCGCAGAUGCCAUCUUCACCUACGGGUAUGAGAGACUGGAGGUGCUAGCAGCCUUCACCAACGGGCUCUUCCUGCUCUUCCUUUCCUUCUCGCUAGCGGUGGAGUGCCUGCAUGCUUAUAUCGAGGAUGAGGCAGAGCACAAGCACUACCUGGUGCUCUCCGCGGUGGUUCAUCUGCUCAUCAACCUCCUCGGAGUGUUCUUCUUUAAGAGCUUUGCCCGCCGGACGAUAACGUAUCAGAGACCAAGGGACAUGAACCAUCACGCCAUCCUGCUGCACCUGCUCUGCGACUCCAUCCGAAGUGGUGGGGUUGUCCUCGCGUCGUGGUUCAUUGCCAUCGGGGUGUACAGUGCAGAGGCCAUCUGCCUGGGCCUCGUCUCCCUCACAGUGCUUGUCCUCGCGCUCCCAUUGGUGCAGUCGUCCGGCAAUCUCCUGCUGCAGAUGGCCCCUGCAGGCAUCUCCGAACCCGCCCUGCACAAAUGCAUUCGCCAUGUGGCGGCAUAUGAUGGGGUAGAAGAAUGCAUAGAGCAUCGUUUCUGGGCAGUGGUCCCGGGACAUGUGGUGGGGACACUCACUGUUCGGACUUAUUCAUCGGACAUGACUGCUGACGUGCAAAGCUCCCACUGUCUCUUCCCUCUCCUCUCCAUGGCGCAUUCCACGCCUGUCCCCGCUGAUCCCGGUGCGUCCGCGUUUACAUCGUCCUCUCUUCACAGUAUAACAACCCCUCCCUCAGAGCCGUUUAGAGAGGAAGGAGUUGAGCAGCUUCAGUCCGUUAGUCCGUACGGUCUCUCGCUGCCCUCACACAAUACGUUCUUAACUUCUCAAGCCGCUCGGCCUUCCAUAGUGGCGUCAGCGAUUAAUGCCGCAGCAACGGCUACAGACUCGGCGAAGCUGGCCAAUCAGCAGCAUUUUCUCCAACCAAGCCCCUGUCUCCAAUCGCCGGUUGACGUCAGCUUACCUAUCACCAUUCCCUCUGCUCUUCGCGGGACGGCGGUAGUGGCGGUAACCGGCGCGGGGAUCGAGGCGAAUGCGCUGAGCCCGCAUUCCACGCUGAGUGGCGGAAUAACGCACAAGCUGUUCCUUAGCACACAGUCUUUCCGCAGUUUCCCCCCCAACCUCCCCCUUUCCGCGCUUGGCUCAUGCUCCUCCUCCGGAUCCUCCGGGGCCUCCUCCCCCUGUGACGGAACUGCGGAACGCGGAUCGCAGUCGCUUUCCGUCAAGCGACACCACGGGGGAUCGGAGAACCUGCUGAAGCGGAUAAAUUUUAGUAUGUCAAUGCCUAAUUUGAACGGGUGGUUGAGGAAUAAGGACAGGCGGUUCGAUGAAGGCGGCGCCGGUGGUUCCGCGCACGGACCGGACGAGGGGAGCGACUUGUCGGCUAUUUUCGAGGUGCCGCAAAGCGUGCCGCAAAGUGCGGAGCGAAACGCGGUGCAGAACGCCGUGCAAAACGCAGUGCAGAACGUGGAUGCGGGGCACACUGGGAUCAUGCUGAGUCGCAGCCACAAGGAACCAGUGCGAGAGGUGUCGUGGACUGGCACGGCGGCUGUGACUGAAGAGGAGGAGACUGCAGCGAGCGACGCUGCGGGGCGGGGGAACGGCGGAGCGACGUGCGCGUCCGCGGAGGGAGCGGAGUGGGCGGAGGGGGUGGCGGGGGAGGACCGCAUGCAGGUGGUGGCUUCCGGUAACGGCUACGUGUUUUCCGCCGUGUAUGACGGGUUCACCGACACGUCAGCAGCCGAUUUUCUCGUCGCUAAUCUGCACGCGCGCUUCGCCCAGCAAUUAGUCGCCCGCGGGUUGUAUUUCGGAGAGGCAAACUCGAAUACCUCUCUUGCCCCGGCGGAAAGCGCGGAAAGGGGGGACCACGGCAAGCUCGCGGACGCGUCGCGGCGGCACGAGAUGGUCCUGCAAGCGCUAGCGGCGGCGCUGAGCGAAACCGAAGCGGCGUAUUUCGAGUCGUUAGAGGAGCGAAUGGUGGAGCGGCUGGAGCUGGCGGUGGCGGGCGCGUGCCUCGUGGUGGCCGUGGUGGCCGGACGCGAGCUUUACGUGAUGAACCUCGGCGACUGCCGCGCCGUGGUCGUAGCGGAGGAGGGUCAGGCGGGGCAGGCGGGGCAGGCUGGGGAAGGGGGAGAGAUGGGAGAGGGGGCGGAGGCGGAGGCGGAGGGGGAAGGGCGGAAGAAGCUGGCGGAGUUGCGGGCGACUCAGCUGACGGAGGACCAUAACACGAGCAACGAGAAGGAGGUGGAGAGGUUGAGGAGGGAGAGGGCCGACGACCCUGACGCGAUAACAAAAAUGCGAGUCAAGGGCAAGCUCAAGGCCACCAGGGCGUUCGGUGCUGCUUACCUCAAGAAUCCUCGAGUCAACGCCAUGCUGCUCGGCAUGCUGCGAGUGCAGUACUCACCCCCCGUCGCGCCACCCAUCCUUUCAUCGCGCAUCCUCUCGUGCCUCGCCUCCCGUCGUCGCGCCUCCACUCGUUGCGCCUCCACUCGCCGCGCCUCCUGUCCCAUCGUCACGCCUCCCCUCGUUUCUGGGAACCUCCCCUCGUCGCGCCUCCCGGCGCCGCGCCGCGUCUCCGCUCGCCUCGCCGCUCCUCCGCUCGCCUCGCCGCGCCUCCGCUCGCCUCGCCGCGUCUCCGCUCGCCUCGCCGCGCCUCCGCUCGCCUCGCCGCGCCUCCGCUCGCCUCGCCGCGCCCUCCGCUCACCUCGCCGCACCUCCCCUUCCAUCAGCGCGCCAGAACCCUCGUCGCGCUGCCCCUCCUCUCCUCUCCACUCCCGCUGCCCUUCUCCCACCUGCUCAUCCCUUGCCCUCGCUUCCUUGCCCUUCCAUUCCGUCUUGUUAUCUUCCCCUAAAAUUUUCCCUCUGCUUCCCGUCAUUCCCCGUCUCCUUCCCCUCAUUUACUCCCCUGCUUCCUCUCGUUAUCCCCUCUGCUUCCCCUGCUUUCCCCCCUGCUUCCCCUUAUCCCCCCCCUGA